CUCAAAGCAUAGUAUAGUCAUAGAGCAUAGCCUAGCAUUUUUGGCAUGUUGUUACACCCGUUCCCGUGUUCAAGAAUGCUAUCAUUCAAGAUUGUGAUGUGAAAAACAUUGUAUAGUUGGAAAAGUUUUCAAAUAUUGUGAAGUGAUUUUUUAAUUAAUUUUCAGUGGUAUUUUAUCUUCUCGACUUUUUAUGGAACACGUGAGAUAGUAAUAUUUAAUGAAAUCCAAAAAUUUUUAACCUAACAUCCAUCAUGAUCAAUUUUGAAAUCCUCAUCACUCACGUUGAGAGUGUUGGUUCAGUAUUAAAAAUAUGUGGGCAGGAAGAUUUCAAUACUGGAUUAUACGUAGAAAAACAUUUAAAUAGUUUGAGAGAAAGCUUUGAACGUGGGGAUCAUAAAAUCAGUUCGGUGAACCAACUUGUUCCUAAUCUUGUAUGUUGUGCCCGUUUGAAUAAUUCUAAGUAUUUUAGAGUUAAAAUUAUCAAUGUAAGUGGUACAAAAGCUUGUGUUUCUUUCAUAGACUACGGCAAGACUGGAAAAAUUGAAAUUUCUGAUUUAAGGUUACUUGACCAUUCUUCAGUUCAAAAUCUGUGCACAUUAGACCCUCUAGUUAGUGAGUAUUUCUUGGCAUAUGCAAGACCUCUUACUGGGUAUUGGGAUGAAAAUUGGAUGCAAUUUAUUAGGAAGGAAUUGAUGAAUAAGAGUUUUACAUGCUUUUUACUAGCAGACGCACGUGGUAAAAGAUUUAUUGCUAUUGAUUAUAAGAGCGAGGACUUUGCUGAAUUUUUGGUGAAAAGUGAAUAUGCCGACAAAAUUACUAUCGAAGCUCAAGCCAUUCAAAUAGAAGCUGAGAAUGAUAUAAGGGCUGUCAAAUUCUGUGCUCCGCCACCGAUGACUUUACCGGCAUCCAUGGUCCCGCAAAAGCCUCAUGUAAAUAUUUAUCAGCAACCUAGACCUGCAUUCAUGCCGUCUCAAUCAAUGUCCAGAAAUGUAUUACCACCAUCAGGUUCUCUGCUGGGUAUGGCACCACCCCAGAUGAGGAAUCAUAAUAUUCCCAAUCACCAAAAUGUAGUCCUACAUCAACAAGUAGUAGUACCUGCAUCAACACCGAGAUUUGUUUGUGAAGGUAUUAAUGAAAAUAGUGAGCAUUCGGUCUUUAUCGCACACGUUGAAAGCACACGCUCAUUUACAGUACAGUUGAAGAUUAUUGCUGAGACCACAUUACUGAAUAUGAUGAAACGUCUGAAUUCUUUACGAUUAGCACCGGUGAGUGGUCAUAUCAGUCCAGGCUUCCUCUGUCUGGGUAGAUUCACAGUAGAUAAAACAUUCUACAGAGCUGUGGUGGUUGGAUUGGAAGAUGACAAAUGUAAAGUAUUCUAUGUGGAUUUCGGUAACACCGAAUUGUUGCCUUUAUCAGAAAUGUUCCAACUUCCCGAAGAGUUCCAGGGUGAAAAGGUGAUGGGUCAUCGAUUUGCUCUCGCGAAUAUCAAGUCGAUGAACAUAACUCCGGAAUUCGACCGUUUGUUCAUAGAUUACGUAAAAAAUAAAGCUUUCUUGAUGAGAGUGACAACUCCAGAAGAACAACCAUCAACAAAGCAAUUUUGCGAGUUGUAUUAUCAAGGAAGGAAUAUCAAGGAAAUCAUCAAUGAAAUGUUGAGAGAUGCGUAUUCAAAGGCGACACUUCCUGCAAGGGGCACGACAGUUCGAGUUUUUGUGUCGCACGUUGAGACAGUGACAAAGAUCUUCGUCCAACUUUUGGAUGAGCAGGACACAUUGACAAAUUUGAUGUCAAAAAUUGCUGAACACUGCAAUGACCGUUCGCUGACUUUUUACAAGCCCAGUCAACUGAAACCUGGAAUGCCUGUUUGUGCCUAUUAUUGUGACGAUCAAUGGUACCGCGCAAAGAUUCUGUCAGUCGACCAGAACGAAGCAAAAGUCUUGUUCGUCGACUAUGGAAACAUUGAUUCGGUGGAGAUCAGUAAGCUGCGCUACAUCAGCCCGGACCUUGUGGGCGAGGUGGAUGCGCAGGCAAUCGAGUGCUGUCUGGCCGGCUACGAGACAAGCGAGCCCGACGAAGCACUUGACGUGGCCCUCUACAACCUCAUCACAGAGAAGGCCAUGUCCAUGAAAGUCUACGGCAUUCUCAUUGACGAUGUGCUCGCUGUCGAGUUUUUCGACGACAACAACGCCAAAAUAUCUUCCUUUUUGCAGUCGACUCGGCUUGCUGGCUUUUCUCAACCGGAGGCAGUCUCCGUCACCGCUGUGCCUCAACCAGCAGCUGUGCAUGCCUCAGCUGAUGAAUGGAAGGAAAAUGUAGAAGAAUCUCUCUAUGAGGAACCUGCUCCUUUUCGAACUUCAAAAGGCCGUAUUGGAAGUGGAAGGAUUUUGCCCGGCCAUUCCACACCAAAAAGUGGAACUGAAUCAAAGUCUCAAUCGAAACCAACGUACAAUGAUAAAAAUCACAACAAAGGCUCGUUGAAAAAAAUACGUUUCAACGAUCGAGACGAUUUCGAUUCUGGUAAGAGUCGAUCCUUCAACUCCGACAAUCAAAAGUUCAACAGACGCGCCAAUCAGGAAGACGACUACAGCAAUCAGAGAGGAGGAGGAGGGAGAUUCGAUAAGCAGAGGGAUGAUGAUUUCGGAGAUCGCAGUGGAGGGGGAGGAGGUGAGAAUUGGCGACAGAAGAAGGAUAGAGAUGACUCCGGAUCAGGAGCUGGUUGGAGGAACAGGGAUGAAGACGACUACGGCAAAAAGUCGUCGUUCAGAGGUGAUGACGAUCGUGGAGGCGGCAGCUGGAGGAGAAGGGAUAAUGAGACGAGUGUUGGCGGCGACAAAAGAAGCGGAGGCGGUGGAUUCCAGUCGAAGGGCGGAGGCGGCGGCUCUUGGCGGUCAAGAGAUGGCGGUGAUUCCAACGACGGCGAAUCGUCAUGGAGAGCUAGAGGCUCCGAUUCAUCUAGAAACGAUAACUUCAAGUCGCAGAAAUAUGGUAACUUCAGUAGUGGCCCUCGGUAUGGAGGUGAUGGAGAAUCCAGCUCAGGAUACAAAGGAAAAAGUGGAGCAGUGCAGUCGUCAGUGAAAGAAGGAGAUUUUUGCAUUGCUCAGUAUAAGGAGGAUGAAGUGUGGUACAGGGCGCUUGUCAAGUCCUCCUCGUUUGGAAAUAUGACUGUUCAAUUCAUAGACUACGGUAACUCCGAGGAAGUAACAGCCGAUCAAAUUAAGGUUGUGCGUCUCAGUGUAUGAUACAAACGGCAAUGCAGUCAGUGAACUGAUUGAUGGCGAAAUAAAAAACAUGGAUGUGAUUUGUCCUCUGCCAAUUCUUCAAAAGCGACAGAAAAUGGUGAUAUCACAUGUUGAGAAGGGUGCAGUAUAUCUUCAGAGAAAGGAUGAUGAAGUUGCAAUCACGGAUCUAAUCAGCAAACUGUACGAUCACUACGAGGCCGCGGAGUUGGGUUCGAACCCAGGUUGGGCGACGGGCAUGAUGUGUGCUGCUAAGUCAUCAGCUGAUGACCAGUGGUACCGAGCCCACAUUGCGAGCCUGGAGGACGACUUGGCCAAUGUGCAUUAUGUAGACUAUGGAAAUUCUGAACUCAUUUCCCCCGAAAGGAUUGCAGUUCUUGAUGAAUCAUUUUUGGCUGAUAAUAUGUAUGCAGUCAAAGUAGCAUUGCCUGUUCAAUGGGCUCUGGGAGAAGAAAAUCUGCUUGAUCACUUUGCUGAAAAAGUUUUUGACACUCACUUCCUACGAGUCAAUGACAGUUGGCUUGUCAAUAUGAUCGACGGAGAAGGUGUUGAACUGGUUAAAAAGAUAGAAGAGUUGGAAUUGGGCACUGAGAUGGAAGAUUCUCCAUUCAAGAAAGUCCAAGUGCCAAGUCGCAUCUCAAAAUUCACUGAAGGUGCCACUUUCAGUGUUUGCCGGGAUCAUGUCUUAUCGCCAUCUCAGUUCUGGGUUGUUCUUAGUGAUGACUUUGAGAAAGUUGAAGCUUUACAGGAUAGGCUACAGAGUUUGGCUACACACCUCAGGCCAAUCACCAAGAACUCAUUGGCAGCACACAAGUCUAAAGUAGCUGCAAGAUUUGCCGAUGACAUUUGGUACAGAGCUUCCUACAAUUCUGAAGCAGAUACAGUAUUCUCGGUUGACUAUGGAAAUACUGAAUCAUGCACUGGUCAAUUGAAAGAACUACCGGAAGAUUUGAUUGAAGAAGACGAUUUUGCUAUUGAAUGUGCUUUGAAUGUUCAGCCUGUAAAAGAAUCAGAUUGGGACUCGGAAACAAAGUCACUAUUUGACUCAUUGAUUCCUGAUGAUGAGCUCGCCUUAAAAGUACUGAAAAAUAAUGGAUCAACCAUUGUGGUUGAUCUGAUAGUCAAAAAUGAAAGCUUAUCUAAAAUGUUGAUUUCGAAAGAGCUUGCAAUCGAACCUCCUAUCACAGCAUACAUUUCACACAUCACCAGUCCUAGUGAUUUCUACAUUCAAGAAGAAGACAACCACUUGGAAAAGAUAAGUAAACAACUCAUUGCAGCAGGAGAAUUCGCUGUAAUUGAAAAUGUCCAGUUGAAGAAGGAAGGCAUCUUUGCAGCUCAAUAUAGUUAUGAUGGUCUUUGGUAUAGAGCUAGAUAUCUUGAAAAUAUUUAUGACAGUGGUGCGAAAGUUCUAUUUGUUGAUUAUGGAAAUACAGAUGAUGCUCAACAUUUCCGGGAGUUGCCAGAAGAAUUAGCAUCUUUGCCUUUUUCGGCGAAACAUUGCUCAUUGUUUCUCAAAGACUCAUUCACUGAUUGGUCUGAAGUUGUUGGCGCGAAAGAACGAUUUGAAGAAUUGUCGGGCAGUGGAUCAACUGCUUUUGAAUUACAAAUUGUCAGUGAAGGAGAUCCCACUAUUGUCAACCUUCUGACUGAUGGACACUCGGUAAGUGACACAUUAACACGUAUAGUCAAUCAAGAAACACAAGAGGAUGAAGAAUUGACUCUCCGAACCAAAGCCAUUGUCAGUCACAUUAAUUCACCAUCUGAUUUCUAUGUUCAAUUUGAAAACUCUCCUCUUGAAUCAGUAUCCAGUCAGCUCAUGAAUGCAGAUAAGUGGGAUGUGUUGACAAAUGUUGAAGAGAAUUCAUUGGUUGCCGCUCUCUUUGAAGAUUCAGUUUGGUAUAGGGCACAAGUUUUGUCUAAAAGUGAUAAUGAAGUAACUGUCAUGUUCAUAGAUUAUGGAAAUGUGGCUCCAGCUCUUGAAGUUCGUGAAUUGCCGGAAGAUCUGAAAGAAGUCGCUCCUUUAGCUGAGCACUGUCGACUGAAGCUGCCACUUGGCGUAUUGGAAUGGUCUCAAGAAUCAAUUGAUCAGUUCUCUGAAAUGCUUGGUUACGGUACAGUUCCGGUUGAAAUAAAUUUCCUGACAUCCAAUGAUGUUCCUAAAACUGUACAGCUAACAGUAAAUGAUGAGGAUGUUGCAAAAUCCAUUGCCAAGUUUUGUGAAUCCAAGAUAAUAGUGGAAUGCUCCGAUAAAGGCAAAAAUGUUGUAGUGUGUCAUAUAAAUUCGCCCAAAGACUUUUUUGUACAUUCGGAUCUUGAAGCCGUCGAUGAAAUGGCAACUAAACUAUUGGCAGCCAAAUCUUUUGAAACUUGUGAUUCAGAAAACUUGGUCGGUUUGGUUGUGGCAGCUUGCUUCAAGGAAGAUGAACAGUGGUAUAGAGCUAAAGUUAUUUCAAAAUCAGAAGAUGGUAGUGGCUAUGAAGUCCAAUUUAUUGAUUAUGGAAAUACUUCAGUAUCAGAUGAGUUCCUAAAGCUCUCUAGUGACCUUAUUGACAUUCCAGCUCUAGCAAAAUGGUGUUGUUUGAAUAGUCUAAGAACAUUUUCGCCCGAGGCUACUGAUAAGUUUAGAGACUUGGCUAUGGAUGGUGUGCAAGAAUUCGAAAUGAUAAUUAUUGAUGAGUACACAACGCCCAUCAAAGUGGAUUUGAUUUUCAAUGGUCAACAAUUGAACGAAAUUCUACCCUCUGUCGAGCUUGGAGAGGAGUACACUGACGAUCUAAGUCAAGCAAAAGUUAAGUCUGAAGAACCAGUGAUGUCAGAUGAGAUUGAAAAUCUAAACACUGACAAUGAAGAAUCAACAAAUAAAGUCUCUGCUACUGAUGAAGAUGAUAUUGAGGAUAAUCUAACAUUGGCUGAAACUGAGCAUGACAUCGAAAAUUCAAUUGAGUUGGAUGCAUCUAACGAAGCUGCAAAAAUAAAUUCAAAAUCAAAUGAAAUUGAAGCUCUAAUCGAGUCGGGAGAGUCUAAGACUGCUGAAGAAAACUCUGCAUCAGAUAUUGUGAAUGAAAAGGAAGAUCAAAUCAAAGAGUCGGGAGAGUAUGUUAAGACUGCUGAAGAAAAUUCUGCAUCAGAUAUUGUAAAUGAAAAGGAAGAUCAAAUUAAAGAGUCGGGAGUAUCUAUUAAGACUGAUGAAGAAAACUCUACAUCAAAUAUUGUGAAUGAAAAGGAAGAUCAAAUCAAAGAGUCAGGAGUAUCUAUUAAGACUACUGAAGAAAAUUCUACAUCAGAUAUUGUAAAUGAAAAGGAAGAUCAAAUUAAAAAGUCGGGAGAGUCUGUUAAGACUGCUGAAGAAAACUCUACAUCAAAUAUUGUGAAUGAAAAGGAAGAUCAAAUCAAAGAGUCGGGAGUAUCUAUUAAGACUACUGAAGAAAAUUCUACAUCAGAUUUAAUUGUAAAUGAAAUGAAAGAUGCAGUAGAGUCGGGAGAAUCCAUCAAGAUUGCAGACGAAACCAAAGCUGAGUUAGUAGUGCCUUGCAAGGAUGCUGUCGAAUCUGAUCUACCUGAAGCCACCAACAAAUUGACUGCUGUGGCACAAGAAAAUGGUGAAGCCUCUUGUUCUGAAGAGCAAUUCAAUGGUUCUCAGCUUUCGUCAAAAGAAUGCGACGAAAACGAUUCUGUGGAUGGCAAGACAACAAAUAAAUCCACCAACGCUGAAAAAUCGAUGCCAUCGAAUGAUUCUAAAAUUGCUAGUGCUCUUCCAACUGAAACCUUCGAAAAUGGACAAACAAUGAAGACUAAGAAAAUUCCGUUUUCUGAAAAAAUAGUACCUGGUGCUGUUAGUUCUGGUCGAAAAUUGGAAUUAGAAGAAGAGGAUGUUGACUAGAAAUAGUAAUGUAUGUAUCGCCUGUGAUUCUGUAUCAGAAAUCUAGUUAUGUCAUGAGCUUAAUUUUCCUUUUUACUUAGAUUUAUUUGAGGGAAAAGUAGUAUUAUGUUAAUCAUUUGUUUGUUUUUCUAUAACUACAUUUCUAUAAUAUUGUUGAUUUUUCCAUUAGAAAGCUUAGAAACUUAUUCUCCCAAUUACUAUGAUUUUAUAUUUUACUAGCAGGCAUAUGCAUCUUAAAAGACUUCUAUUCUUGCUCAUGUCAUUUGUAAGUGUUUUGUUUGUUUAUUCUAUAAAAUAUCCUCCUACCUUUUAACUAUAUAUAGACGUCAUCGUUAGAAAUAUGAAAUGCUUUGUUUCUUAUUUUGUUCAAAUCAUGUCCACAAGGUUGUUAAUCAGUCACUAUUGAGCCUUUUACUUUUUCAAUUGUUUUUCUCGUAUUUGUGUAACUUGGAAGUGAUUUAUGUUCAAAGAAAGUUCUCAGUAUUGAGAUAUUUAUAUAAGUGCGUUUAUUAACAUUCGAAUAUCAUAUUGUUGUUUUUUGGUACAAAAAUGAAGAAAAACCAAAUAUAUUCUGAUAUAGUUAUGAGGAACUGUUACUGGAGCAAUGACUAAAUGACUAGAUCACAUGUAUAAUGAUUGAAGUUUUUUUCAUUCAAUUCUUGAUUUUCUAAUGCUUUUUACAUUAUAAGGUAACUUUACCAAUAGUUGAGCAUAAAGUUUUAAUAUACUUAUGCUCUAGCUUUAUUCGACUAUUCUAAAGCUGAAUAAAUUUAAAUAAAAUUGCAAUAAUUAUUUUUCUAAAGAAGAGCAAUAUUAAUAUCGUUAUGAAAUGUGUUUAUUGUAAUGAAGAAAAUCCAUCUUGUUUUUCUUUGAUCAACAUUAAUAUGUACUCCUUUGAGUUAUCAUAAUUUGUUCAAUUUUAUGGAUAAAUAAACAUUUCUAUUUUUCAA